AUACAUUAAAUUUCCCUUGGAAGUUUUUUUUAUAUCAAAAUUAUAAUUAAAGUCGCCCACAGAUUGGUGUUAUUCGUUAAGUGUAUACUAUGUGUUAAAUUAAUAGAUAAACUUUUGCUCUACUUAAAAAUAUCAGGAAAAGGUGGGAAAAAAUCAAUACGUUUAGGAAAUGUCUCGUAUGCAGAAACACCAUGACCUAUAUGCCUAGGAACUCCUACCAAGAGAAUGUCUCAUUGUACCUAUUUUUUUAUUGCAAUUUCAUAGAAAUACAAUGUUUAAAAUACUAAUUUAUUUAGCUUUUUAUAAAUUUACUUUAUAAUAGUUUUUAGUAAUCUUAGUGUGCUGAAAUUUUGAAAUUAUGAUUGCUAUGAGACGAAUACGUUUGUUCAUCAUAUCAAGUUAGCUUAACCAAAGGAAUCAAUUUUUCUAACAGCAUGGCUACCAAAUCUAGUUUAAGAUCAAAGUGGGAUGAAUUUGUGGACUCUACUACAGUUUCAACUGUAGAGCUUCCCAAUGCAGGUCAAGUUUCAAAUGGUGUCCGAAAUGUUGUUGGUUGGUUAAAACAGGCAUCAUUAGAAGUGCAACACGCUAGUUUACGUACUCUUCAUACUAUGACAGACCAUAAAUCAGAUUCAACUCCACCCCUUAUUAUUCUUCACUUUAAUGAUGUAUAUAAUGUUGAAGCAAGAGAUCAAGAACCCUGUGGUGGUGCAGCUAGAUUUUCUACUAUGAUAAAAUCAUUUUCUCAUUUAAAACCUAUGAUAUUGUUCAGUGGAGAUGUGUUCUCUCCAAGCAUGUUGAGUACUUUUACAAAGGGAGAACAGAUGUCUAAAGUUUUAAAUAAUUUAGGUACUCAGUGUGCUGUUUUUGGAAAUCACGAAUUUGAUUUUGGUUUGGAAGUAUUAGCAGAACGUGUUUCUGAAACCAAUUUUCCAUGGCUUAUGUCAAAUGUAGUUGAUAAUGAAACUGGCAGACCUCUAGGUGAUGGUAAAAUUACUCAUGUUUUUGAUUGGCACAAUAGAAGAAUUGGACUAGUUGGUUUAGUGGAACGUGAUUGGUUAGAUACUCUAGCCACCAUUGAUCCUGAAGAAGUAACAUUUAUAGAUUUUGUUGAAGCUGGUCGAUCUUUAGCAAAACAACUCAAAGAGGAUGGUUGCGAUUAUGUGAUAGCACUUACUCAUAUGCGUAUGCCAAAUGACAUAAAACUAGCUGAAAAUGUUAAUGAAAUUGAUUUAAUUCUUGGAGGUCAUGAUCAUGCAUAUGAAAUUCAAUUAAUAAAUAAUAGAUAUAUUAUCAAAAGUGGGACUGAUUUUAGAGAAUUUUCAAAAAUUACUAUUAAUUUAAAUAACUUAAGUGAUCCCAUUGAUGUACAAAGGAUAGAAAUUACCAAAGAUAUAGAAGAAGAUAUUGCUAUGAAAGAAAUCUUAGAUUCUUACUUAGAUGUUAUGGAAGGAAAAAUGGGUGAAGUACUUGGUACAUUCACUGUGGAACUGGAAGGCCGCUUUAGUAAAAUUAGAACAGAAGAAACCAAUCUUGGAAAUUGGGUGUGUGAUGUUUUAUUAGCAGCAACAGGAGCCGAUUUAGUAAUUUUAAAUUCUGGUACUUUUCGAUCUGAUCGUAUACAUCCAUCAGGAGAUUUCACCCUAGGUGAUCUUGUAAAUAUUGUACCCAUGCAAGAUCCUACUAUUGUAAUUUUAGUGUCAGGUCAACAAAUUCUGGAAGCAUUAGAAAACAGUGUAUCUAAAUAUCCAAAAACUGAAGGAAGAUUUCCUCAAGUUUCUGGCAUAAGCUUUUGUUUUGAUCCUGAUGCUGAACCUGGCAAUAGAGUUGAACCAAAUUUGAUAAGAAUUGGUGAUGAAUAUCUUGUGCUAAAUCAGUCUUACAAACUUGCCACAAAAUGUUACCUACAUAAUGGAUGUGAUGGAUAUACAAUGUUAAAAAACUCCCCCGUUGUGAUAAACGAAGAAGAAUGCCCAGAAUUAAGUUUAGCUAUUCAAAAUCAUUUUUCAGCUAUAAAAAUGAGACAAGGUAAAUCCAGCCGACUCUCAAAACACAGACAAAGUCUUGUAACCUUAUCUAGAAGACAUAGUUUAGUUAAGUCUAUGGAAGGUAAUGAGUGGGAAGGAGGUCCUUCACCUUUAAGACGAGGAUCUUUGACUUCUACAAGUUUAUCAAUACACCAUUAUAGCUACCCGCAUUCUCCAUCACCACCCUCUGGACAUCAUUUUCAUCACCAUCAUCCUAAAUUAAAUCGCCGUGCUAGUUUUGAUGACUUGGAACAACAGACCUGUCAAUUAGCUCCAAAAUUACAAAACAGAAUCAUCAAACUUAAUACCCAAUUAAGACUAGAAAUGCUUGCUGAUCGUCAACGAUUAGAAUCAGAAUCUAUUAUUCAAGAAGUCGAUGAAUAUAAUACUUCUCCUCGAGGAAGCUUUGAUCAAUCUUAACCAACUAUUUUAUUUAUAAAAAAACCUAUUCAUUUGUUAUAUUUCUCAUUUAAAGAAACAAAAAUAAUAUUUUUUUAUUUAUACUUGUCAUUGAAAUUUUAAUCCAUUUAUUAUGUUACUUGUUUUAUUUUAUUAAGCAUGAGUAUUAUAUUUAUUUAUUUUUAACUUUUAAUGAAGAAUUUUUAAUAAGAAAAUUUCUAUUCUAGUCAAAAUUUUUAUUUAUCAAUUUUUAUGAUAAUAAA